AUGCCCGGCCUCACCACUGCUCAGGUUAACGAGCUUUCCGCGACGAAUGUCGUGAUCCACCCCCUUGUCCUCCUCUCGGUCGUCGACCACGCCUCGCGCGUGCCUCUUCCCAACAAGAAGCGCGUCCUCGGUGUGCUCCUGGGCCAGGACGACGGCACUACCAUCAACGUUGCCAACUCGUUCGCUGUUCCGUUCGAGGAGGAUGAACGAGAUCCCAAGACGUUCUUCCUUGACCUUGACUAUGUGGAGGAGAUGUGGCGCAUGUUCCGUAAGGUGAACGCGAAGGAGAGGCCAAUAGGCUUUUACCACACCGGCCCGCGCCUGCGCUCGUCGGACCUGGAGAUUAGCGAGUUGUUCAAGCGCUUCUGCCCUCGUCCAGUGAUGGUGAUUGUGGAUGUGCGCGCGCACGGUGGCCGUGGCGACACUGGUAUCCCCACGGAUGCCUACUUCGCCGUGGAGGAGAUUCGUGACGACGGUACCGCCACUCAGCGUACCUUCACCCACGUCCCAACAUCGAUUGAGGCAGAGGAGGCAGAGGAGAUUGGUGUCGAGCACCUCCUGCGCGACAUUUCCAACUCGUCGGCAUCCCAGUCCUCGUCCCUCCUCACCACCCAGUCGCUCUCGACCCGUGUCGCGUCCCAGCUCGAGUCGCUCCGUGGUCUCCACGCCCGCCUGGUCGAGAUUUCCGAGUACCUCAACGACGUCCGCAAGGGCAAGGUGCCCGUCAACCACCAGAUUGUCUACCAGGUCCAGGAGAUUGUCGGCCUCCUGCCUCAGCUCGGCGGCGACGUCGAGCUCGGCAAGGCCUUCCGCGUCCAGGUCAACGACCAGAACGUCAUGGUCUACCUUGGCCUUAUCAUCCGUACCGUUCUUGCUCUCCACAACCUCAUCGACAACCGCAUUGCCAACGUCCAGCAGGAGAUCGACGAUGCCAAGUCGCCCGAGGAGAAGAAGACUGAGCGUGCGGCCGAGGCGGCAGGAGUGAAGACCGACGACGUCAAGCGUGCCAAGCAGGAGAACACCGAGGACAAGGACAAGGACACGAAGCAGUAA